ACAUGCCUUCCACAAGUACCGCUACCAUCUGCACUGCGAAGGCGUCAUAUAAAAAAUUACCUGGCCUCCUUGAACUCACAAGUACUCAUCUACAAUGGACACAAGAUGGAAAGAAAGCACCAUCUGUCAAAGUUCCGCUCGUUGAGGCUGCAUCUUUGUUUUGCAGCAAAGAAGGUGCCGCUCAGGUUAGGCUGAAGCUGGGAUUAGUGUCGGAUGACGCGGGUCACAACUUCACGUUCACGUCGCCUCAACCAGCCUCCCUGACAGAACGCGAGAAGUUCAAGGCAGAACUUACGAAUAUCAUCAGCAGAAACCGAAGUGGCGUCGCUACACCUGCGCCUGGUACUCGUCCCCCGCGGACUCCCGGCGUGCCUGGAACCCCCGUACCACGUCCAGCUCCAUCGCUUUCGCGAGCGGCUUCCACUUCGAGAGCACCCUCGGUGGGCAGUGAUUCUCGUGGCCCUGGAACACCUGUGGGGGAUCCCACACAUGACUUCCGUCUUCGAAAGAAGGUUCUAAUGAGCACGCCGGAACUUGCUCAACUUCAUCGGGAGCUUGUCAUGACUGGUCAAAUAUCGGAAAACGAGUUCUGGGAAGGCCGAGAACAUCUACUCCUUGCGCAGGCAGCUGCUGAAAGUCAGAAGCGUGGCAAACCGGGGCAACUAGUGGAUCCACGGCCUCAAACCGUUGAUGGCGAAGUGAAGAUUGUCAUAACACCCCAACUAGUCCAUGACAUCUUCGAAGAGUAUCCAGUCGUCGCGAAAGCGUAUACUGACAAUGUACCGAACAAGCUCUCAGAAGCUGAGUUUUGGAAACGCUAUUUCCAAUCUAAGCUCUUCAAUGCACAUAGGGCUUCAAUUCGUUCUUCUGCUGCUCAGCAUGUUGUCAAGGACGAUCCAAUAUUUGACAAAUAUCUCGAAAAAGAGGACGAUGAACUUCAGCCAAGGAAGUUACGAGAUGAAGGCGUUGAUAUGUUCAUCGACUUAGCUGCUACUGCAGUGGAUCACGGCGAGACAGGGAACGAGAGAGAUAUCACCAUGCAAGCUGGGAAGCAACGGGCAGUUCUCCCGCUGAUACGGAAGUUUAAUGAACAUUCCGGGAGACUGCUGGACACUACAUUAGGAGAGCAACCAGCGAAACGCCGGAAGAUUGACUCCGGUAAUAAUGAUCUUUACGCCCAACUUGAUUUGGAAGAUUUGCACGGCGAUGAAGUCUCUCCGGGGAUCCUGCUUGACAUGCAGGAUCGACGACGGUACUUUGAGGGACGUUCCAUGGAUACAUCGCAACGGGCACAGAUCGAUGUCGGAGCUGCUGUCCAAGAAGCGAAAGAUAACGUAAAUGGUUGGGAAUCUAGAUUGAGUCAGUUGAAAAUAGAUCGGAAAGCUGGUGAUGCAGCGCUGCUCUCGAUGACUCAAAACGUGGCGGCUCGUAUUGAAGUCACCAAACGCAAAAAUGACAUUCCAGAUGGUCUCUUCAGACAGAUGACAACAUGUCAGACCGCAGCGAAUGAGUUCCUUCGACAGUUCUGGCUCGCUAUAUACCCGUCUCCAAUAGAAUAUCAAACUGCGUCUUCACUAAAUCCGGCUCAGAAGGCUGCCAAGGCUGCGAAGAUGGCUGGAUAUCUGGAGAAGACUCACGAGAAAGUGGCUGCGCUGGUUCGAGCAGCAUCACAGGAAGGUUUCGACCCAUCCAGAGUGCAGGUGGCUAUGAAACCGAUAUUGGAUGGCGUUGACAAAGCACUUACGUUCUGGCGUACGCGUGCUGCUACUGCGAGGCCCCCAGGGCGAUAAACCUCUUCUUUUACAUUGGUACUUAUGCAUAUCACCCACGGACUUCUCACGCACUUCUCACUGUAUAUACAGAGCAAUGUCCGUUCCGAAUGCGAUAAUAUGCUAAUAAUGAGAUGUAAUACUAUCGAUGCUACAAAGCGUAUUGAAAGCUGGCAGGUAUAUCUUAUGAGCUGUAAGGGUUGGGUUGCUUCUGCAAACCAGACCCCGAUGAUGUGGUACACUCGUACGUUGUAAACAUGACCAGAACAUGCAAGAAAAUAGCGUAGCAAAUGAAUGCAGUCCGUGUCCUGCGAUUGCCUAGG